AUGUUAUGGCAUAAGUCAGUGCAGAUUUCUGUCACCUAUCGCAGUUCGUGUGCUUCAUGUGGUCAUCACGCAGUGGAUUAUCACAUUCCCGAUUUCGAUGGGACCAAUUCGUCGUGUCGGUGUGCUCGUGGUCCACGGGUGUACCGGUGGCCACCAAAGCGCGUCCCGGAGGAUCUCACCUGUGCGGAUUCCUCGUACGACCUGACGUUGUGUGUGCGAGUGAAGUCCUCGGAUGAGCCCAUGGAGACGAGUUUGCACCAGCGAUUGAAGUUGCUAGACAAAGAUUACGAACACGGUGACGAGGAAUCAGCUCUACUUCGGUGGUUCGAGUUAGAGGGUCACAAGUUGAAUGGUGGCGAUGGUGGAUACGACAUGUAUCCAUUAGCCAUCAACCUCACCGACACCAUGGCUGCCAUAAUCCACGGAAAACCGGCACCGUAUGUAAGUUGCAGACUGUGUGUAUGUUAA